UUCAUCCUCUGGUCUCUAUCAUUCUCUCCCCUCCGCUGACUUUUGACGGUGCAAUCGGAGCGAGAUCUCGGUUAUACAUUGCCGGAAACUUCAUCUUGAUUCCGGCGACACAUCCUUCGAUCCAUUCUUGUCACCAUGAAUCCCGAGUAUGACUAUUUGUUCAAGCUUCUUCUUAUUGGAGAUUCUGGAGUUGGAAAAUCAUGUCUGCUUUUGAGAUUCGCUGAUGAUUCGUACAUAGAGAGUUACAUAAGCACCAUUGGAGUUGAUUUUAAAAUACGCACUGUGGAGCAAGAGGGGAAGACCAUUAAACUUCAAAUUUGGGACACAGCUGGACAAGAACGAUUUAGGACAAUCACCAGCAGCUACUACCGUGGGGCUCAUGGAAUAAUAAUAGUGUAUGACGUGACAGACCAGGAGAGCUUCAAUAACGUCAAGCAAUGGCUGAAUGAAAUUGAUCGCUAUGCAAGUGAUAAUGUCAACAAACUUCUGGUUGGAAACAAGUGUGAUCUUACUGCAAACAAAGUUGUGUCAUCUGAAACAGCCAAGGCAUUUGCUGAUGAAGUUGGCAUACCUUUUAUGGAAACCAGUGCAAAAGAUUCCACUAACGUGGAACAAGCUUUCAUGGCCAUGGCUGCUGCAAUCAAGGAGAGAAUGGCGAGCCAACCAGCCAUGAACAAUGCAACGCCUCCAACUGUACAGAUUCGAGGGCAGCCUGUUGCACAGAAAAGUGGCUGCUGCUCUUAAAACUGAUUCAUUGAAUCAUGUAUUAGGAAAGCUUGGUUUCUUAUGCAGUAUGCUUUCUCGUGGCUUGUAAGAUACACGUUUAUUCUAUCUUUUCAGUUGUGAACUGCUUACAUACCAACCUUAGUAGGGAAUCGCAUUCAUUAGAAUACACUAGUUGAUGUGAAAUUGCUGUAAAAUAUUAUAAUACUGAUUUUUAGUUGGUGUUGUCUUUCGCCAUUUUGGAUGCUCUACUACGAUGCCACUCAGCCUCUGGGUUGCCAGAUCAUGAUUUGAUAUAUGGAAAUCGUGAUUUAAUAAUUAGAGUUGCUCACU